GGGCACCUGGGCUUCCAAAUUCAAUUGACGUUUACCCAAAAAAAAAAAGAAAAAAAUAGAAAAAAACUCACCUCAAAUACUUUCCCUCCGAUGUCCGACGUCUCUACUGGAUUUUCCAGUCCAGGUGACCAUACGGGUAUUCGGAUCGUCGUUGCAGGUGACCGAGGCACCGGAAAGUCAAGCUUAAUUGCCACCGUUGCCACUGAAUCGUUUCCCGAUAACGUUGCUCCGGUGCUUCCUAUUACUCGUCUCCCCGCCUAUUUCUAUCCCGACAAUGUUCCCAUCACUAUUGUCGACACUUCGUCCAGUUUGGAGAGCAGUAGCAAGCGCAAUGAAGAAUUCAAGCGAGCUGAUGCUAUUAUCUUAACAUAUGCUUGUGAUCAAUCAAUGACGCUUAGUCGCUUGUGUAGUUACUGGCUCCCUGAGCUUCGUCAGUUAAAGGUGAAGGCACCAGUUAUUUUAGUUGGAUGCAAGUUAGAUUUGCGAAACGUGCAGCAGCCAAUGAGCAUGGAACAGAUCAUGACACCAAUUAUGCAACAAUUUAGAGAGAUUGAAACUUGUAUCGAAUGUUCUGCGCUUGCCCUCCUUCAGGUCCCCGAAGUUUUCUAUUUUGCUCAAAAAGCAGUACUUCAUCCAGCAACCCCAUUGUUUGAUCAAGAUAGUCAGGAUUUGCAACCACGAUGUAUUAAUGCAUUGAGAAGGAUAUUUACCCUAUGUGACCAUGACAUGGAUGGUGCCCUCAGUGAUGCAGAGCUUAAUGAAUUUCAGAAAAAAUGUUUUGGCACUCCAUUAAAGGCUGAAGAUAUUGAGGGACUUAAAAGGGUUGUACAAGAAAAAGUAACAGAUGGGGUCAACCAGCAUGGUCUUACCCUCACAGGGUUUCUUUUUCUUCAUACUAUUUUCAUAGACAAAGGGAAUCUCGAGUCAACUUGGACUGUACUUAGGAAAUUUGGUUAUGACAAUGAUUUAAAACUCAGAGAUGAUUUUCUCCCUGUUCCAUCUAAGCAUGCCCCUGACCAGAGUGUGGAGUUAACAAAUGAAGCUGUGGAAUUUCUGAGGGGGAUCUUCCGAUUACUUGACACUGAUAAUGAUGGAUCCCUACGACCUUCUGAGCUUGACAAGCUGUUCGGUACUGCUCCAGAAAGUCCUUGGAAUGAGGCUCCUUAUGACACUGCUGCGGAGAGAACGGGUCUCGGUAAUUUGUCUCUCAAUGGGUUUCUAUCUGAGUGGGCCCUAAUGACAAGGCUAGAUCCAUCGCGGAGUUUGGCUAAUCUGAUAUACAUUGGAUACAGUGGUGACCCUGCUUCUGCACUCCAUGUUACUAGAAGAAGAUCAGUAGAUUGUAAGAAGCAAAGAACUGAAAGAAGCGUUUUUCAAUGCUUUGUUUUUGGUCCUAAAAAUUCUGGAAAAUCUGCUCUUUUGGGUUCAUUGUUAGGAAGGCCUUUCUCAAAGAGUCAUAGUACUACUACAACUGAUGAGCGUUUUUCAGUGAAUGUUGUUAAUCAGAUUGGGGGGAAUAAGAAGACGCUCAUAUUAAGGGAGAUACCAGAAGACGAAGUUAAAAAGUAUCUUUCUAGUAAGGAAUUUCUGGCAGCUUGUGAUGUUGCUCUUUUCCUCUAUGACAUAUCAGAUGAAUAUUCAUGGAAGAGAUCAAGGGAACUGCUUGUGGAGGUUGCCAGGAAAGGAGAAGAAACUGGCUAUGGAGUACCUUGCCUCCUUAUUGCUGCUAAGGAAGAUCGGGAUCCGUAUCCAAUGGCAGUUCAAGACUCAAUGAGAGUUUGUAAGGAGUUGGGAAUUGAGGCACCUUUUCCACUGAGCGUGAAGUUAAGUGAUCUGAAUAAUGUAUUUGGUAGAAUUAUUAGUGUAGCUGAGCGUCCUCACUUGAGCAUUCCUGAAACUGAGACUGGGAGGAAACGCAAGCACCAUCAACAGCUAAUCAACCGCUCUCUUAUGUGUGUCUCAGUUGGGGCUGCUGCUGCUGCUGUUGGAGUUGCAGCCUAUCGUGUCUAUGCAGCAAGGAGGAAUACUUCGAGCUAGCCACGAGGACUUGGUCAAUCAACCAUCGUUGCUAUCUACUGCAGAAAAAAUCUAAAAUAGGUGGUGGUUUUGCUUGUUGCUUUCCCUAUUUCUAAGCAAUAACCCUGCUGGGCAUUUUUGACAUAGAAAUGUUUCGUUAUUUUAGAGUCUUCAAAAUAGACACUUCUCACCUUGUAGGAUUACACUGAUCUAAUAUUUAUUCAUUAGGAUCACAGGUUCGCAAGAUUUAUUUAUUUAUUUUUUUUUCCUCGAGGUUUUUCUUUAUUGUGUAUAUAUAUUUCAUAGUUUACUAUAAUUUAGAAUUAAAGUCUUUUAUUCCUGUA